AUGCAAAAGGAUCAUGACAGUGCCACAGCAGUGCCCACUGGACGGCUUCGGCACCGUAGGCGCUCAAAUGAGGUUACUCCUGAGGUUGGCAAAGAAAAUGGAAGCCAUUUACUUCUUAUUGAUCAAAACAAAUACAGAUCAAUGUUGACUCGCACAUAUUCAUCUAUUUGGAUGAUUGGGGGCUUUACAUUCAUAAUCUACAUGGGCCAUCUCUAUAUUUGGGCCAUGGUCGUGGUUAUCCAAAUUUUUAUGAUAAAAGAGUUGUUCAAUCUACUCAGGAAAGGACACGAAGAAAGGGACCUCCCAGGAUUUAGGUUGUUGAAUUGGCAUUUUUUCUUCACUGCUAUGUUGUUUGUAUAUGGCCGCAUUAUCAACCAACGGCUUGCCAACACUAUUACUUAUGAGAAAUUCUUCUAUCAUCUUGUGAGCGGCUUUAUCAAGUAUCACAUGGUUACCUGUUAUUUCUUGUAUGUUGCAGGGAACAGAGAUGAGAGACAUUGA